AUUUCAAGCAGUCUGUGGUUUGUCAUAUACUGGUUUUCGUGAUUUGAAAGCAUCUUAUUUUGAUUUGAGAAGUACAUGGAUUCCCAACAAAGAAAAUUAGGACCUUUUUUCAAGAUAGAUCCUGAGACGGGAAAAUUUACGCUUCUCCCGAUACACGCCAAUCAUCCAAUAGUGAACAGAAGCUAUAAACUGCCUUCCAGCGAUAAAUCCAAAGGAAAACGCAUAACUGAAUUACAAUCCGCUCAGAAUUAUGUUUCUCGGCCAAAACACAAAAAAAAUGAAAAUAAUGUGUGCAAGAAACUGUUUACAUCGCCAAAGUUGAUGUCGCCAGAAAAAUCUGGAGUAAGCUCUAUUAAUAGCACUGCAAACAAAGUUGCUCAGGAAUGUAACAACCUAAAGACAUCUGUAAAAACGACCACAGAAGCAAACGGAUCUGAAGAAAUUCCAUUAGUGGCAAGUGAAGAGAACUCCAUUUGUGAGUUUGUAAGACAAGAGGAAAUAUGCAAAGGCGCAAAUGAAUCUCCGGCGUCGGCUGUCGUAACCAACAGAAAUUUGAAAAAGGCGGACAUAGUGAAUCAGCUGAAAGAAAUUCUUAUUGAAAAUAAAAACAGUUUUGAUGACCGUUUGACAACUCUGGAGCGACAUAUAUCAGAGUUGAAAUCUGAACAUCAAAGGAAUUAUACCGAAAUUAUAUCACUGAUUGACCAGUUGGAAAAUGAGAAUGAAAUGAGCUUUGUGGAUAAAAAAGAUUGUGACGGUAAUAAGGAAAAUUCUUCAAGAAAGCGGCGAUCUCUUAGGCUUCAAGCUAAGGUCGUCAAUUUGUGUGAGUCAACACUCAAAAAAAAUUUAUUUGCCAAAUAUCAAACUGUCCAAGUUGACACACCUACAAUAGAUAAAGCUAUGGAAAUGUUUAAUUCUACCAGCAGCAUUUGUAGUACGCUAGUAACCCCUAUGGGGCAGAGAAGCUUAUCUGUUAAAGUGCAGGAACAAUGCCUUUUGCUUCAGAAUACUCCACACCACAACUAGUAAUUGUGUUAUCAUUUUCGUCUUAUUCUGUUAAAAAUAAACUGUUAAUUGGUCUUUUUUAAAAACGUUUCAUUAUUUUAUUGUUUAGUGAUCUGGAGAUGUUACAAUCCAGUCACUACCGCUUCUCCUAACCAAAACUAACCAAUUAUUUUUUCGAAGAUUAAACAGUAUAUGGAAACUUGGCACAAUUUUUUGCAUAGUUAGAUUUGUAGAAAUUUUAUUUAUUUAUUUAUUUAUUAUUUAUUAAUUUUAUGGACAGAGUCCAUUUCUAUGUAAUACUUAGGAAAAAUGCACAGUUAAAUUACAGGCUGAUGCAAAAGUAAAAAGUAAAUUAAAAGCAUAAACCUACCCUCAGUAGUGAAGAAGUUCAAUUUAAGAAAUUUAAGAAAAAAAUAAAUAUAUCAGUAAAAUCUAAACAAGAAACAAUCAAACGAAAUACAAUACACAAAUUAUUGCAAUAAUUCAUCAAAUAAUAAUUAUAUUAAAACAACUCAAUAGUAAAUGAAAUAAUGAUUUUUCAAAGAAACUUCCACAGGCUACAGUAAUACUUUUUACAAAACUUCUGGAUUCCUCCUGCGUCGGUUUUUGCUGGGUCGAAACUCUCUCAGUUUCAGUCAAGCUCUGAAGAAGCCGACACGAUGAUUGGCGAAACGUCAGCAAAAACCGACCCAGGAGGACUCCAGAAGUUUUGGUUAGAAAUAAUGAUUUGCUGGUGAGUGAUUUAACUACCCUAGUUCAUGGCUUUAACGUUCUUGAAUCACACACACCUGAUCCGUUAUUCCGACAUACGAUUACAUGAACCCAUAUAGGGCAUGUGCACACAUCCGUUAGGCUUGGAAUUUUUUCGGACUUAUACAAAACGUGAUCUACGCACUGAAGAUUCCCAACACUAAUCUGUGUCAAGAAUUUAGUCCAAUUAAUAACGCUCCAGUCUAUGAGAACGUUCUUGAAGUUGUAGUGAAACAGCAGCUUCAAAUUUAC